AUGGAUCCGGCGGGGUUGGCACGGCCCAAGCUUUGUGACCUCAUUGGCAUUGACCGCCUGCAACUUCACAUACGCCAAGAUGGUCGACACCAAGACUACAGCCGAUCCCCACCGGAAUACGUCAAGGCUACCGAGCACCUGAACCGACCACGGGCGCCAUCCGCUGCGGCCGGUGGUCCCGGCCUGCGGGCACCGCUACCCCUCAACCUUCCGAUCAUCUCCUACCUCAAGUCCAAGCGCGUGAUUCUCGCCUCCGCCUCGCCGCGGCGGCGUGCACUCCUUGGACAGGUCGGCCUUACGAACCUCGAAAUCACACCCUCGACAAAACCCGAGGAUCUCGACAAGUCAGCCUACGGGCCUUACGAGUACGUCUCCGAGACGGCGCGGAAAAAGUGCCUCGAUGUAUACGAGACGGCCCUGCAGACGCACCUUGCCUCGAUCCCAGACCCCGAUGUCGUUAUCGCUGCCGACACCGUCAUCGUAACCCGUGACGGCCGCGUGCUGGAGAAGCCGCGUAGCGAGGCUGAGCACAUCAAGAUGCUGCGCCACCUGAGGGACACCCGCGUGCACCGCGUGCUCACAUCUGUGUGCGUCAUCGCGCCGAGAGAGGACGCGCGGUCGCCAGGCUACGAGAUUGGGAACCAUACAGAGGAGACCAAAGUGUACUUUGCGCAGAAGUCCAAUGGGCUGCCGGACGACGUGAUUGAUGCGUACGUCAAGACGAGAGAAGGCGCCGACAAGGCGGGCGGAUACGCAGUGCAAGGCAUUGGUGGGAUGUUGCUCGUUGAAAAGAUCGAGGGCAGCUUUGACAACGUCGUCGGCUUGCCCGUGAGGCAGACGCUGGCGCUGGCGGAGAAGGUGGUCUUCAAGCAAGGCGAGGAAGAAGUGGCUGAGGAUGAUGAGGAGGAGGAUUUGAUGUGA